UCGUGUUGCAGCUAAACCAGUGAGAUGUACUUCAUGUGAGCAUUGAGCUUUGCUUUUCUUUUGCAGUUUAGUUUGCAAAAACUAGAAACCUCCAAGCAUGGGUGAAACCAGUGUAGAUGGAGCCAAAAUGACAGACUCUCCAGGUGGAAAUGCAGCCAUUAAGAGUGAAAAAAAGACAGAGGGAAACUCUUUCUUUAGCUGGCUGUUGGUGCUGGCUUUGCUGGGGGCUUGGCUGUCUGUGGGUGUCAUGUGGUUUGACCUAGUUGACUACAACAGUGUGGUUGGUGCUCUUGGAGGAGUAUAUGAUGCUGAUGGCGAUGGAGACUUUGAUGUAGAAGAUGCCAAAGUUUUGUUGGAAAAUGCUACUGUGGCUGCUAAGGAAAAAACCUUAAGAAAAAAUAUCACAAAAGAAGGAGACCGUAUCCAAGCAGGCCAUUCCAAGCUUACAUAUGAGAGACCUAAAGAAGUGGGGCUUAAAAAAGACAGAGAACAUCCUACCAGGGAUAUUGGGCAAAAGCUGAAAGCAGCUCUGAAGGAACAGCUACGAAUUAUUCAUGAGAAGAUUGAAGCCAAAAAGAUUGCCAAACUAGCCCUUGCUGAGGUCCGUAGUGUUUUGGCUCAGGAGGAAGAGGAGAGACAAGCUGCUCUUGCUGCCAAAAAAGUCAAAGAAGAGGCAGAAGCUAAGCUUCAAGAGGAACGAAUACAAAGAGAACAAGAGGAGAAACUAGCCAAGGAGAAAGCAGAAAAAGAAAAAAUGGAGAAAGAGAAAGCAGAAAAGGAAAGACUGGCUAAAGAAAAAGCAGAACAUGAAAGACUGGCCAAAGAAAAAGCGGAUAAAGAAAGGGCAGAAAAGGAAAAACUUGAAAAAGAAAAGGCAGAAAAAGAAAAAAUGGCUAAAGAAAAAGCAGAAAAGGAAAGACUUGAGAAAGAAAAGGCAAGAAAAGAAAGAUUGGAGAAAGAGAAAGCAGAGAAAGAAAAACUGGAGAAAGAGAAAGCAGAGAAAGAAAGACUGGCCAAAGAAAAGGUAGAAAAAGAGAGACUCGCUAAAGAAAAGGCAGAAAAAGAAAGACUGGAGAAAGAGAAAGCAGAAAAAGAAAGACUGGCUAAAGAAAAGGCAGAAAAAGAGAGACUCGCUAAAGAAAAGGCAGAAAAAGAGAGACUUGCUAAAGAAAAAGCAGAAAAGGAAAGGCUUGAGAAAGAAAAGGCAAAAAAAGAAAGACUGGCCAAAGAAAAAGCAGAAAAAGAAAGAUUGGAGAAAGAGAAAGCAGAAAAAGAAAGACUGGCUAAAGAAAAAGCAGAAAAAGAAAGACUAGCUAAAGAAAAAGCGGAGAAAGAAAGACUGGAGAAAGAGAAAGCAGAGACAGAAAGACUGGCCAAAGAAAAGGCAGAAAAAGAGAGAAUUACUAAAGAAAAAGAAAGACUGGAGAAAGAGAAAGCAGAGAAAGAAAGACUGGAGAAAGAGAAAGCAGAAACAGAAAGACUGGCCAAAGAAAAGGCAGAAAAAGAGAGACUUGCUAAAGAAAAAGCGGAAAAAGAAAGACUGGAGAAAGAGAAAGCAGAAAAAGAAAGACUGGCUAAAGAAAAAGCAGAAAAAGAAAGAUUGGCUAAAGAAAAAGCGGAGAAAGAAAGACUGGAGAAAGAGAAAGCAGAGAAAGAAAGACUGGAGAAAGAGAAAGCAGAGAAAGAAAGACUGGAGAAAGAGAAAGCAGAGAAAGAAAGACUGGAGAAAGAGAAAGCAGAGAAAGAAAGACUGGAGAAAGAGAAAGCAGAGAAAGAAAGACUGGAGAAAGAGAAAGCAGAGAAAGAAAGACUAGCCAAAGAAAAGGCAGAAAAAGAAAGACUGGCCAAAGAAAAGGCAGAAAAAGAGAGACUUGCUAAAGAAAAAGCGGAAAAAGAAAGACUGGCUAAAGAAAAAGCAGAAAAAGAAAGACUGGCUAAAGAAAAAGCAGAAAAAGAAAGAUUGGCUAAAGAAAAAGCGGAGAAAGAAAGACUGGAGAAAGAGAAAGCAGAGACAGAAAGACUGGCCAAAGAAAAGGCAGAAAAAGAGAGAAUUACUAAAGAAAAAGAAAGACUGGAGAAAGAGAAAGCAGAGAAAGAAAGACUGGAGAAAGAGAAAGCAGAGAAAGAAAGACUGGCCAAAGAAAAGGUAGAAAAAGAGAGACUCGCUAAAGAAAAGGCAGAAAAAGAAAGACUGGAGAAAGAAAAGGCAGAAAAAGGGAGACUUGCUAAAGAAAAAGCGGAAAAAGAAAGACUUGAGAAAGAAAAGGCAGAAAAAGAGAGAGUUGCUAAAGAAAAAGCAGAAAAAGAACGACUGGAGAAAGAGAAAUUGGAAAAAGAGAAAGCGGAAAAAGAAAGACUUGAGAAAGAAAAGGCAGAAAAAGAGAGACUCGCUAAAGAAAAAGCAGAAAAAGAAAGACUGGCCAAAGAAAAAGCAGAAAAAGAAAGACUGGCCAAAGAAAAAGCAGAAAAAGAAAGACUGGCCAAAGAAAAGGCAGAAAAAGAAAGACUGUCCAAAGAAAAAGCAGAAAAAGAGAGACUCAAUAAAGAAACAGCAGAAAAAGAGAGACUAAAUAAAGAAAAAGCAGAAAAACAAAGACUGGAGAAAGAGAAAGCAGAGAAAGAAAGGCUUAACAAAAUAAAAGAGAGUGCACCAAAGGGGCAAAUAGAGAAAGAUGUAAAGGAGAAAAAAGAAAAUGUGAACAAUUACAAACAAGAAAAAGAGGCAAAUUUAAAUAAAAAAACUCAUGGACAAAAAGUUGAUCAAUCAGAAAAUGAAAAAGAUGAGAAAAUAUCUACUCGUGGGUUACUUAAAUCUUCGAAAAAAAAAUCAAGAAAUAAUAGUAAAAUGCCAUAACUGUGAGAUUUGAUUGGAAAUAAAAACUCCUAAGGUGUUUACUAGGAACAGCGCUGCAAAGUAAAUAACUAAAAGUAGCGUAACUACUAACUGUUUUUAGUGACGGUGGCAGCUGUUCAAAAUGGUAGCAAGCUACUUUUUAACUAGUGGUGUAGUAAAACAAAACACUACAUUGCUGUUGGUCCCAUGGUACAGCUGAGUGAAGGAGGUAAUAACCCAUUUGUCAACUCACUGUGUUGGGAGGUUUGACUCAGUGAAUCAGUUUGCUUGGAUGUUUCAUGUAAAUAAAUGCUUUCUGAUUUCUUAGAUCCAACAAGCCAGUGGUUUUCAACCCUGUUCCUGUGGCCCUCUCCAACCGUUCACAUUUUGCAUUUCUCCUUAAUCAAACCCCCCUGAUUCACGUCAUCACCUCAUUAGUAGAGACACCAAGAUCUGAAAUGGGACACAUUCAAAAUGUGCAGUAUUGGGGGACUCCAGGACAGAGUCGAAAACCUCUGCAAUAAGUGAUUUACCUUGCACAGAAGUGAGUUAUAUAAAUUAGUGUGUUUUAAUAAUUUUACCCUGUGAAUAUUUUUUAAUAUUUUAUUAUACUCCUUUGUUUUCAUGCCAGAUAAAAAAAACUGCUAGUUGCGGAAUUAAAUAUCAAUUGAAACUUAUAUAUUUAUAAAUGUCAUACUCUUAGCUUCAAUGUAGUUAGAAGCUUUUUGUUUGUAGCUUGUACUGUUGCUAACUACUUUUUUAAGGAUAUCUUGACUGUACACUAAUUAGGGCUCCUUUACACAUGACAUUAAUCUGUUUUUGAGGAUCAAAUCACAAUUUUGAGGAUCAAAUAACAAUUAAAAUCCAGGUGAAGUAAAUGCACCCAAGAUCUCUCAAACCACAAAAGUUUGGUGGUGGUCUGGUUUAGAGUAGACAUUUGACCCCCUUUAAUGAACAUGUAAAUGCAUAUUCAUUUUCCUUGUCUGUUUCCUUGACCAGUAUAGAGAGCAGUGAGUCCCAAAUGCCCACUCAUAUUCCCAGAAUGUACAAUGAUCUUCAGACAUCUGCAGAUAUCUUCAGUAAGGAAAAAAAAAA